UUUUUGUGAAAUCAUACAUAUUAACUUUGUAAUUAGUACUAUAAUUUAUCUUGAAUAUAUAAAAACAUUGAACAUCAAAUAAUGAAAAAUAUAAUAAAGAGAGUAAUAUAAAAAUUAGACUAAAAAGAAAGUAUAGAUAUAUAUAGUCAGAUAAGCACGGCUAGUGGCCGCUAGUGUACAGAGAUAUUAAAAAAUUAGAAAACUAUAUGAAAGACAAAAUCCAUAUUCCUUAUUUGACUAUUUAAACCUACCAAUUCUUUUGAAUACAUUAAUUAAAAAAGAAUUAGCAAACCAAACACCUAAAGCCAUUAAAAAAUACUCCCAACUUUUCAUUAUUCAACAUGGCACUUCACUAAAUUCUUUAAUACUUUGGUUUUAUCACUCUUAAUUAUCUGCCCAUCAUUCUAGUUCAUCCCACUUUUUUGUGUGUGAUUAUUCAUCAUGUUUCUGUAUUUGUUAGCAAUUAUUCCUUUGUUUUUGCUUGUGAAAUUUGUAUCAAAAACAUCUGUACUUCAUAUUUUCAAGAAAUGGUUGCGUUUGUUGGAAGAUAAAUUCUAUGUUUACCAGUUCUACAAGGUUCCCCAAUUCAACCACAACAUGCAGGAAAAUCAACUCUAUCGGAAAAUCAGUACUUACCUGAAUUCUUUACCUUGUGUUGAGGAUUCCGAUUUCACCAAUCUUUACUCCGGAAGCAAAUCCAAUGAUAUCAACCUCGUUCUCAACGCCGAUCAGAAAAUCGUUGAUAAUUUCCUCGGUGCCAGAAUUUCUUGGAUCAAUGAGAAGGAUGAAAAAACCGGUGUCAGAUCUUUUGUUCUGAAGAUAAGGAGGAAAGACAAGCGUCAAAUUCUUCGGACUUAUCUUCAACAUAUUCACUCGAAAUUCGACGAAAUUGAGCAGAGGAGAAAGGAGGUGAGAUUGUUUGUCAAUGUAAACGAUGAAUCGAACGGAAACGGAAAUGGAAACAGACGGUGGAUAUCAGUGCCGUUCACUCAUCCGGCGACAUUUGACACUGUUGUAAUGGAACAGGAUUUGAAGAACAAGGUCAAAUCCGAUUUGGAAACGUUCCUAAAAUCAAAGCAGCAUUAUAAUCGAAUUGGCCGGAUUUGGAAACGGAAUUAUUUACUUCACGGACCUUCCGGUACAGGAAAAUCAACGUUCAUUGCAGCAAUGGCAAAUUUCCUAAGUUACGAUGUGUAUAACAUUGAUUUAUCAAAACUUUCAGACGAUUCAGAUCUGAAACUACUUCUAUUGCAGAGCACGAAUAAGUCUUUGAUUGUUAUCGAAGAUCUCGACAGUUACCUGUGUAACAACUCAACAGCUCUAAGCUUCUCUGCGAUUCUCAAUUUCAUGGACGGAAUUUUUUCAUGCUGCGGUGACGAACGAGUUAUGAUAUUCACUAUGAACAGCAAAGAUCAAAUUGAUCCAUCAGUUCUAAGGCCUGGAAGAAUUGAUCAUCACAUACACUUCCCCUUAUGUGAUUUCAACGCAUUCAAAAGUCUAGCUAACAGUCAUUUGGGAAUGAAAGAUCACAAGCUUUUCCCAAAGGUAGAGGAAAAUUUUCAAACCGGGUCGGUUUUAAGUCCGGCUGAAAUCAGUGAAAUCAUGAUUUCAAAUCGGAGUUCACCGAGCAGGGCAUUGAAAUUAGUGAUUUCUACUCAUCAGAGUAAAAGCAAGCUCAUCACUUUGAGGACAUCCGAUAAAAUUGAAACGAUAAACAGUAACAUUGAGACCGAUGUAGCUCCUAAGCAUCCACUAUGGUUGAGCAAAUCUAGAUCGGUUCGACCCGUGGAGAAAUCGGGUGAGUUGGAUAAGUAUCCACAAGGAUUGAUCAAAUCUAAAUCGGUUCGACCCAUGGUGGAGUCGGGUGAAUCGGGUACAUUUGGCAAAGAAAGUGUAAACGAUCUUAGAAAGUUUUAUGGACUUAUAAGGAUAAAGAGUAGUAGGAAGAAAUCUUUAGAUUUUGAUACCUCAGAAAAAUAAAUUCUAGGCAAGAUAUUGGUUAGCUAGUUAGCAUGAAGAUGCAUUUGUUCAAUUAGGUGUGACAUCAAUUUUAGUUUUGGGGUUCCAACAAUUAAUGGAUCCUUUGUUAGAGAAUCAUCAAUUUCAUUAGUGUUAUUCAAUAAUGAAAAGUAAAUUUAGAGCGAGAGUUUUAGAAACU